AUGGGGAGCGGCAGCGCGGAGCUGUGGGAGCCAAGCGUGCGAGCUGGUGCCCCGCUUACAUCUCACAGCAAAGGCUGCUGGGGGGUCACCCGGCUACUGAUGGACUUGCAGGCUGCAGUGCCUGGGGUGGCCAACCACGACGCCGGUUGCAUCUCUCCUCCAUGUGCUGCUGGCUACAGAAAGUGUAUGUAUGCAAGAUUCAAGUGCCCUGUAUGUUCAAAAUUUGUAUCUUCCGAUGAAAUGGAUUUACAUCUUGUGAUGUGUUUGACAAAGCCAAGGAUAACCUACAAUGAGGAUGUGCUGAGUAAAGAUGCUGGGGAGUGUGCAAUAUGCCUGGAAGAGUUGCAGCAAGGAGAUACUAUAGCACGGCUGCCUUGCCUCUGCAUAUACCAUAAAGGCUGCAUAGAUGAAUGGUUUGAAGUAAAUAGAUCUUGCCCUGAGCAUCCAUCAGAUUAAGACAAGAUUCAUGUUUUUAGCUGCUUCCACUGAUCAGAAAACGUAGGAGAUGUGAGGUUCCCUUGCUGAACACAGCGUGCCUGCCUUGAGACUUACAGUUCUUUGUGGCUGAAAAAGGCAAAGAUGGACAGUGACAUGGAAAAAGCAUUGCAGACACCAGUUACUUGCCAGUAGUGCUCAGUAUACCAAACACUCACGUAAAGGACACACAGGGAUUUUGAAAAUGCUGCACAUUCUGUAACAAUCGACUCCCCACAGACAUUACUGACGCUGUUUUGUAUCGAAGGCCAAAGUUCCUGUUUUCAGCCUAACUUCUUUUUCUGUGAAGGAGCGGCUUAUUGGACGCGUUUCCUACUGCCUCAAGUGGAAGCGGAGAAGUUUGACCUGUGCUGUCCGAGACCCUUGCAGGAGGAUGGCCCCGGGUUGGAGUGGGAACGUUUUUACCUUCUCCUUGGCUGAAGGAGAGUAAAUGGCAAACUCAAUAUAUAACAGUGUGACCUUAAUUUACUGAAUUCACACCCUGUUUUACGUUCUUCACUUUUUUCAAGAACAGAAAGCAUAAACUUCUCUGCAUAGGAAUACUAUAUUUCAAAAUUUUGUAACUAAACCUUUGUCACAAUGCAGUCCAAAGAGUAAAACCAAGACAGGUAACUAAUUUAUAUUGAUCAAGCUAUAGGGAUUGUUGAAAUCUGCACAUUGUAUUGCUAUUUAACUAAAACUUCUCUUCUACUGCUUGUGAGUAAAAACAACAAAAAAAAAAAUGCAGCAAAGCAAAAUCU